UUCGAGGAUACCGUGACAAUCAGGUGGACGCUAGCCUAAGCGUCUAGACUCAUAGCGGGCGGUACUUUUUCUAUCCUUGAAGGCAAGAAUCAAGUUGCGAAUCGCCCCAUCAGUAGUGCAACUCCCUGCUUGGUUCUUCACUGUCAAGUGCACUUACUGCAGGCUUUCUCCACUUGAUCAGGAUCAGUUGUCACAAUUCCAGUACAAAUGCCAGGUCCUCGCGGUGGAAAGGCUAAGGCGAAAAAGCCAAAGCCAGUUGUUCACUCCGUAGCACGUGUCACAUCAGAUUUAGAGGAGUUCAGUGGGUUGGUAGACGACAUCGAGGGAGCAGAAGGAUGGAACACGAGAGUCAAGGUGUUGUGCGAGUUUCUUCAGUUACCGGAUCUCUCCAGACGAAGUGGCUUGAAGAAAGUCCAUGCCAACUUCAACGAAGUUUAUCAUAGCCUCGAUGAUGUCUACGUCGCGAAUAUAAGAAACGAGAAAAUCACCGGGGCAAUUAUCGGCAUCUACACCAAGAUGUGUGCCGAUGCCAUCCUCCGUGACAAGCUCUUUCAGAAAGGUCUGGUGUCUAAGAUCACCCCUCUGAUCAAGAUUCCUUCAACGCGUUAUCUUGCUCUCCGCGCACUUACGACCGUGACGCAUCAUGGAGGUGUCGAUGUUCGCAAAGAAAUCUCGCUCGAGUCCCCUUCCCUACUCAAGACCAUGCAAGAAAACCCAGAUGAUCUCAGGGCUGCAGAGAUGGCAAUUUCCACUAUGGCUCAUGCCAUAGGCGCUGCGAUCAACCAGGAAGACCCACCGGCUCCCAGAUACCUCAAAGCGGCCAAUGUUAACACUUUGAUUCCAAUCGUGAUAGAUUUCAUGCGCAAGCCUGGCGCUAGCAUCCAGCUCUUAUAUCAUGGCCUAGAGUUGCUUACGCACCCUGUUAUCCACUGUUGGAGUGAGUGCAAGGCUCAUGCACCGCUUCAAAACUUGUUAGUUGCCUGCCUUCGGAGCGCGGACCUUACUGUGCGUGUCAGCGCGCUGGGUGGCCUGCUUCGCCUUGAAGCUUUGUCUUCGGAGGAGGAUCAGAGACAGUUCGACCCCCACAAACUCAUGGCAGCAAUUGAACGUCGUUUCCCUGACCAUCUCACUGACAUCUUGAUGGAUUACGGUGCAAUGCGCUGUGAUACGUUUCUUACCAUGGCCUCGACCGCAGACAACCAAAAGGCCAUGAUGCAGUGUGCCCAGGACAAGGAUCUUUACAGUCUUGGUCUAAAGCUCGCGGAACUCAUCACCCGAAACGAGUUCUCUAUCGCAGAAGGCGGUUUCCAGAUGCAAGAUCCCCGUACGGGACAAAUCGAAAUCAACAGGGACAUUGGUCUACCAUUCAUCAUGUGGUCCGACGCGCUGCCGCAUUGCGCUAGAGCCAUCCGUGCAAAGGGUCGUGCAGGAGAGGAGGAUCUCGCGGACAUGAUUACCUGCAAACGUGGUAUCCAACGAAACCCCAAGUUCGCAUACUUCUACUAUGUGAUCACGCUGGGUAAAGACCACUGCGAGGGCUUGCGUUCUGCGAAGAAAGGCUUGAAGUGCCCGAAGAUGACGCCGUUCGUACGCUUUGGGCUCUUGCACCGUGCAGUCGAGCUCGCAGGCAAUCUCGGUGUGUGCCGCAUUCAGGAAUCCAGUCCUGGAGAUAGGAAAUAUGACGAGGGUGUUGCAUUCCUUAUGAGCGCAAUGGAGGACGCAAAAGUUUACACUAUGGAGGCCCCCCCAGACGCAAGACACAUGAAGAACGUGAUUUACUGGUACAUCUGCCUCACGCUUGCCAUCAAGGGACCAGAGACGCCGGCGGACCUUCAAGAGCUUCAGGUCGCACUCAAGAAGUUGGGGCAUGCCGAGGAGUUUAGUAUACUCCUUGGCACUAUUCCCCCGAAAACGCAGUUGCGUUUGACCCAGCAAAACAUCGUCAAGCGCUACCCCACUGCCGUACGAGAGUGGAAGGAUUUGGUGGCACGCUUUGAUGAGGAGACGAAGGAUGAACACACCAUCUCCUUGGAGAAAGCUGAAGAUGAUCUCGCUGCAUGGCUUGACGACCUCCAUCUUGAGCAGGGAGAGACAGACGAGACUCGGCCACAGAGAUGCUCGCAUCCACGAGUCAGCCCAAAUACCGUGGCAUUGUACAGAUGUUCGUGGUGCGGCAAUCCCAGCGCUGCACUGAGGAAGUGCAGUGGUUGUGAGAAAGCAAGGUAUUGCGAUGGUGGGUGCCAAAAGUCCCAUUGGUCGGAGCACAAGGUCACAUGCAGGGCGUGAAUGACCUGAAAUAUCCUUCACUCUUGCUAUUUUCUUCUUUGCAAUUCGAUGCGGUUUCUCGCGCCUAUCAUUGCAACCCAUCUUGUCCCUCUCAGAUCUGCUGCCUCAGCAUCAGGUAGUUCUGACCACUCUUGACGUU